GCGACCUCUGCCAAUUUGAUUGAAACAGUUCUACGUGAAUUGUUCGUGUUUUGUUGGAUUUGAAUAUUGGAUUUAUAAUUAUUUUAUAACAAGGGUAUCUAGGAUAUAUUUUUGAACGGUGGUCCCUUCGAAUUCUGUUAAUAUUGAAAGCAUAGAAGUUAUUAUCUUUCAUCCUUAUUCGUUUUGUUAUAAGGCUCAUAAAGUCUUGGAUAUUUCUUAUUUUUUGUGCAUAUUUUACUUGUAUAUUACUGAUGCUUGUGCUAGUUGACAAUGAGUGAAAAUGAGUCUGGUACAGGGCAAACGCUUCAUCAAAAGCGUAGGUUUUCUGAACAAGACGAAGGUUUCUAUGAGGUAAAUAAUGUUUCAAAAAAGCAACUUUUAGAAGAAUUGCAUAGUAGCAGGCGACGCUAUGAAGAAGCAUCCAGAAGAUUGGAUAAACAGAAGACUGUAAUUAAUGAUAGAUUACGGCACAUCGCUUUUUUCCUCAGUUGGUGGCCGCUGGUAGCUCAGCAAUUUUAUUGCAUCUUCCAGAAUCGCGAGCCUGCUGAUUUUGGGACCGAACAGUCCAUUGCGCUUGUGGAGCAGAUUCCUGAUUUGGAACACACAAGAAAGUCGUUUCAAAAUGAAAGUUCGGGAAUUCGUACAAUGUUGAACGAAUCAUUUUCUCCAGAAAUAAUGAAAGGACUAAUGUCAACGUUAGAAUCUCAAUCCGCCUUCACUUUUCCUUUAAAUGACGAUUCGCAAUUAAGUCAAAGCAAGCAGGCUCUCGAUUCCGAAAUAGAAAAAGUAACGAACGAGCUUCAGUCCGCAAAAGAUCAUCUGCAUUGUAUUUUAAAGCUUCCUGAUCGAUCUAGUAGUUAUACAUUACGAUGUAUCAAUGAAUCUGUAAGUUUGCAUCCCCCUACAAAGACAGAAAGUUCAAUAAAUAAAAGGGAGCAAGAUGCUUCUGUGGGAGAAGCUUUGAAACAGCAGUCUCAAUUGCAAGAGCUUUCCAGAUUACAAGAAGACCAACAAGCCCUAAUGAAUCUAUACUCUCAACAAUUAUCCUCUGUCGAUUUCAAGUUGACUGAAGCUGAAAAUAUCGUUAUUCAAAGAAAAAAUGAGCUUGGGAGCGUUGACUGGGAACAUCUUCAGAAAAGCCCUUCCUUAUUGAACUUAAAACACGUUUUGUUAAUGACGUCUGCUCAAUAUGGAUUCCUCGAACAACUGGUUACUGAAUCUUGUGAGGAGAAGGAAUUUUUGCUACAACAGAAGAGGAACUUUGACGAUUAUUCUAGGUCAUAUUAUCAAUCUAUUUUAUCGGAUUUUGAAACUCAGAUUGUCUCAUUACAAAAAGAUGAACAUAGAAUUGCCCAGGCUAAAACAGAUCUGUUGAAAGCAAGCGAAAAGAGACAAGCAGGUUUAGAUGAAAAGGCGACUACAUUAAAAGAAAAGAAAGAGAAACUCAAGGAACUUGAUACUGAAGUGGAGGAAACCAAGAAUAAAAUAGAGUCAAUAAAUCAUUCCGUUGGUCCUAAGUUGCAAGAAGGAAUGAAAUCUGUACUCUUUCAAAAAGAGUUAUCCAAAUUUUUGACCCAAGAAUUAGCUCAUACGGAGCGGGCUUUCCGUUUAGCUAAUCAACAAGUAUUAAAAAAAAAUGAUAUGCGGAUGGAGGAAUUAACUAAUAAGUACAAACUCGAAAAAGAUAAAGCAGAACAGAAGUACUUUGUCACGAUGAAAGCUGGAGAUAAUUUACAUGUCGAAGUUAGAGCACUUCGUGAAAAAUACAAGAAAGCGGAUGAAAUUACCUCAAAGAUGCUACAUGCUCAGCAUCUAACUAUUUUAGAUAUCAUUAAGUUAGAAGAAAGCAUCUCUGUACUAUCUGAGGUUCGAAAUACAUCUUCAAGAUAUUCCCUCAGUUUUCAAGUUAAACAAGCAAAGCAAAAUUUUUCGAUAGCUAGUUUGGAGAAAAAAGUGAAUACCCUGGAUGGGAUAAUUGGAAAAGCAAAGUCUGAACUAUCCGACUUGAAUGAACAACUUUCUUUACUAUCGUCAAAUAUUGUUUCCUUGGAAAAACGAAAUGAACAUCACGAAUGGCAAAAACGAAAGUUGAGGGACAAUGCAGUAUCAUCAUCUGAAGAGGAAUUGAAGAUGUACAGAGCUAUGUGUAAGUGUUCUGUUUGCAAUUUUGAACGCUGGAAAAACUCUGCAAUAUCUCUUUGUGGGCAUGCUUUCUGUUAUCAAUGCAUACAAAAAAGAAUAGAAACACGACAAAGACGUUGUCCUAUAUGUGGUCGAGGAUUUGGAGCUUCUGAUGUUGUUCCUAUGCAAUUAUAACUUGCUUUCCUUGCUAAUGUAAUGUAAAAUACUAAAAUGCGAUGGUCGCUAAUUUACUGCUUGUGGAUAAUUAAAAUCGGGUUAUUUAAGAGGAUAUUAUCUUCAUUCUAUUUUUCAAUUACAUCUCUGCACGUAGUUUUGGGAUUGUAAUAAUAAUUAAUACUGCGUUAUGCUAAGCAUGCA